GGUGAAAGUGUUGGGAAAAGGCGGUUGAAGUGUUUCCAAUGGAGGACUGGAAAACUUCUUUAAAAUUACCACCUAAAGACAACAGAAUUAAAACCAUCGAUGUUUUGUCUGAGAAGGGAAACACGUUCGAGGAUUUUUGUCUCAAGCGUGAUUUGCUGAAGGGUAUAUAUGAAAAGGGUUGGGAGUCACCAUCUCCUAUACAGGAAUCCAGCAUUCCUAUUGCUUUGACCGGUCGAGACAUACUAGCUAGAGCGAAAAAUGGAACAGGAAAGACAGGUGCUUAUGUCAUACCACUAUUGGAGAAGAUAGAUGCGUCAGUUGGAUCUCUUCAGGCGCUUAUAUUAGUUCCAACUCGUGAACUUGCUCUUCAAACAAGUCAAAUUACUAAAGAGAUUUCAAAAUAUUUGAAUAUUGAAGUUAUGGUGUCUACAGGAGGAACUAAUUUAGUGGAGGAUCUAAUUCGACUUGACAAAGUGGUUCAUGUACUUAUCGCCACUCCUGGAAGAACUUUAGACUUUCUGAAGAGAUCGCUUAUCAAAACAGAUAAAUGCAGUGUGCUUGUUCUAGACGAAGCUGAUAAAUUAUUAUCCUUAGGAUUUAUUGAUCUAAUAGAUGAUGUUAUAUGUAAGCUACCCACAGAUCGACAAAUCAUGCUAUUUUCGGCUACAUUCCCCAUAUCAGUACAGUCAUUUAUGAAGAAGCAUUUGCAUUCGCCGUAUGAGAUUAACUUAAUGGAUGAGUUAACACUCAAGGGUAUCACUCAGUUUUAUGCAUAUGUUCAAGAAAAACAAAAGGUACAUUGUCUGAAUACACUUUUUUCACGAUUGCAAAUUAAUCAAGCAAUAAUAUUCUGCAAUACUGCACAGCGUGUAGAGCUACUGGCAAAAAAGAUAACUGAACUGGGUUAUUCCUGCUACUACAUACAUGCACGCAUGCCUCAGCAUUAUCGCAAUCGUGUUUUCCAUGAUUUUCGAGCAGGUCAUUGUAGAAAUCUUGUUUGCACAGAUCUUUUUACGCGAGGUAUUGAUAUCCCUCCUGUAAAUGUAGUCAUCAACUUUGAUUUUCCUCAAUAUGCUGAAACCUACCUACAUCGUAUUGGAAGAUCAGGUCGUUUUGGUCAUCUUGGUAUUGCAAUCAACCUAAUUACUUAUGAUGAUAGAUAUUCGUUGAAGGCUAUUGAAUCACAGUUACAAACUGAUAUUAAACCAAUACCUCAGUCAAUUGACAAACGCCUCUACGUAGCUGAAUAUCAAUUAGAAUCGCAUUUGGAUGAAGGAACACAAAGGGCGCUUCGUUAUGGUUUAACGAUACCAGAAUUUCUUCCAGAAGAAAAACGCUUAUGUGAUGUUGUAGAAUCGAAUCCGAUAAAGAUUGUUAACCAAGCUUAAUGCUGCUAGUUUAUGUGAUACAGAUAACAUUACUGCCUUUUUGUUUAAUAUUUUUACUUUUUUCUUUGUUUGUUUGUUUAUGAAUUGCCUUUCUAGACUAUUGUUCUAAUGCAUUUUUAUUGUUUUCAACUUGUUUUAUUGUUUCAAAUUUUGUGAUGCAU